GCUCCUGGCCCCGCCCCCGGUUUUGGCCCCGCCCCCGGGCGCGAUGGCGCUGGCGGCGCUGGAGCGGGACCCGGCGGGCGCGGCGCGGCUCGGUUCGGCGGUGCCCGAGCUCUGCCGCCGGCUGCCCUGCGCGCUCGGCGUGGACGAGGCGGGCCGCGGGCCCGUGCUGGGCCCCAUGGUUUACGCCAUCUGCUACUGCCCCGAGGAGCGGCUGGAGGAGCUGGAGGCGCUGGGGGUGGCAGACUCGAAGACGCUGUCGGAGGCGGAGCGGGAGCAGCGGUUCGGGCGCCUGGAGGCGGCGGGUGCCCUGCUGGGCUGGGCCCUGCGCCUGCUCUCGCCCCCCCUCAUCUCCGCCAGCAUGCAGCAGCGGGCCAAGUACAACCUGAACGAGCUGUCGCAGGACGCGGCCGCCGACCUCAUCCAGGAGGUGCUGGACGCCGGCGUGAGGGUCUCCCAGGUGUUCGUGGACACGGUGGGGCCGGCGGAGACCUACGAGAGCCGCCUGCGACGCCGCUUCCCGGGGCUGGGGGUGACCGUGCGCCCCAAGGCCGAUGCCCUCUUCCCCAUCGUGGGCGCCGCCAGCAUCUGCGCCAAGGUGGCCCGCGACCGGGCCGUGAAGCACUGGAACUUCGUGGAGGACUUGGGGGAGCCGGACACGGACUACGGCUCCGGGUACCCCAACGACCCCCGCACCAAGCAGUGGCUGCUGCGGAACCUGGACCCGGUGUUCGGCUUCCCGCAGCUCGUGCGCUUCAGCUGGGCCACGGCGCAGAGCCUGCUGCAGCGGCACGCCGUGCCCCUGCGCUGGCGCGACGAGGCCGAGGGGGCCGAGGACGCCGCGGGCUCCCCCUCGCUGCUGGCCUUCUUCGCCCGCCGGCCCCCGGCCGGGCGCCAGCCCCACCGCUUCUUCCACGAGCGCAGCCUGCGGCCCCUGGCCGACCUCUGACCCCCCCCCC